UCUAAAACCCAACAAACGCUAACUAAGUGCGGUCUUACAUCACUUACUAUACACUUACACCUACUCUACAAUAUUCUUCUUCACUAUGAAUACCCACCAAGCACCCAACAAUAUCCUUUCUCUUUCUACCUCUGCUUCCUUCUUAUGUGUUUUUGUUGAGAUUUGUGAUUUUUUUCUCAAGAGAAGAUGAAUUGCUACUAUGGAUUCCCUCAGAUGAACACAAUGACAAACAGCUUUGAAGAAGUGGUUUGUCCUAAACCUCGUCGAUAUCCUUCCAUCAACAGACCCUUUAGGUGUCCUAUUAGCUACCAAUCUGAGAUUGAAGAUUCAGAAGUUGGGUCAGAACUUCUAGACAUCAUUCAUCCCAAGGGAAGCUGCUAUCCGGAGAGAUCGGCAUCGGCGGCGGAUAAAUUGUUGGCAUCGUCGCCGCCGUAUUUCAUCGGAUCUCCACCGAGCAGGGCUUCGAACCCUGUAAUCCAAGACGAGCGAUUCGGUAAUGGGAAUUUUAGUUGUCCAUUUACCGUGGCAUCGCCUUCGCCAUCGGCUCGAGGGUGUGGAGUUCCGAUGAAAUUCGGCAACACACCGGUUGCUGUUAGAAUUGAAGGUUUUGACUGUCUUAGAAGAGAUAGAAGGAGUAUUUCUGCUGUAGCCUAAUCCAUUUUUGAAGAAAGAAAAGGAAGAUAGAAAAUAGAGAGAGAGAGAGAACACAACACAACUCAAUACCAAGAAUGAGCAGAGGAGUUUUGUUUUUGUUUCCUUUGGAAAGAGGAUCUAAUCUUAAUAAUUAGUACUGUUUGAUGUAUAUAUAAUUGUGAUGUUUCAAGUUUGAUGAUGUUAAUCAAUAAAAGAGAGAGAACAAAUCAGAGUUAACAAGGUAAGAAAAGAAGCCAUUUUCUUCUGUUUUGUUGUUAGGUUUGUGGAGAGUUUAAGGUUUAUGUUUUAUGUUACUCAGAUCAGAUCCUUCCUAUGUAAUUGUAAUUUGGAGGAAAUUGGAAUUUUGUACAUCAUAUUAUUGUUACUAUUAUCAUAAUGAGAUUUUGAAGGUGUUGUUUA